UAAACCUUUAUUAAGGUGGCUUCCACAGCUCUGAACGUGGGGAGCAACCACACGUCUCGUUCGCUCACCACCAUCCACGUAUAUAUCCCUGAGAGCCACCGAUUUGCGAAUCCGAGACAGCCAGACGGUCUUCACCGACACUGAUCACGCACAGUCGCCAUGUCAGAACAGUAUGUCCUCUUCGAUCUGCCGAGCAGGGACCCGUGCCGCUGCUGGUCGCUCAAUCCGUGGAAGACACGUAUGCUCUUGAACUUCAAGGGCGUCGACUACCGCACCGAAUGGGUUGAAUAUCCGGACAUCAAACCCACCCUCGAGCCACACGUCCCUCCCCACCCCCAGAAGCCACAGUAUACGAUCCCCACGGUGCGCUUCCCGGACGGGCGGUACGUGAUGGAGUCGUUUGCGAUCGCGCGCGAGAUCGAGGCGGCCCACCCGACGCCGUCGGCGCGGCUGGACGCGCCCGUCGUGGCCGAGCUGAUGGCGGCGGUGCCGCGCCUGCUGCACAAGCUGCGCGCCGUCCUGCUCCCCGGCGUGCCGCGGCUCAUCCUCAACGAGCGCAGCAAGCCGUACUGGCACGAGACGCGCUCCGCCUGGGUUGGCAAGCCGCUCGACGAGUGGGAGCGCGAGGUGGUCGCCGCCGGCGAGCCCGACUGGGACGGCGCCGAGCCCGUCCUGCGCGAGGUCACGGCCCUGCUCAAGAAGGAGGCAGGGGGCCCCUUCUUCCUCGGCAACGAGGCCAGCUACGCAGACUUUAUCUGGGGCGGCUUCCUCAUCUUCUUCGACCGCCUCGGCGUGUCCGAAGAGCUCCUGGCCAGGACGGGCGACGCCGACGCCCACCGGGCACUGCUCAAGGGGCUGGAGCCGUGGACCGAGAGGAGCGAUCGCUAGGUAAUUGGAGAGAUCACAAAACAAUAGGAGGAAGAUAUAGAGAGAGAAAGGGAGAGAGAAAGGAAGGGAGGGAGGGAGGGGGAGAGAGGGAGAGAGAGAGACAGAGAAAGAGAGAAGGGGGGGAGAGAGAAAAGAGUGAACAGAACUGAAAGUUUUGGGGCUCGGAAAGGGU